AUGUUGUCACACGGCCGCCUCCUCGCACCCAAUUCAAACCAAUAUGAACUCAUCGAUAGCGCAGAGCUUGCCGGUACACAGGUUUCUCAAUCUUCCAUGCAUCUUAACCACCAAAUACCAAGGAUUCUUCACCAGACCGCUAAGAAUGAAACCAUACCGGACAUCUGGGUCGACUCCCAGGAGAGCUGCCUCACAACCUACUCCAGCUACGAAUACAAGCUGUGGACGGACGAUGGAGCCCGAUCCUUCCUUGCAACUGAAUAUCCGUGGUUCUUGCAAGUAUGGGACAACUAUCCAUUCCCUAUUCAACGCGCCGAUGCUAUCCGUUAUUUUGCUCUUUACCACUAUGGUGGCAUCUAUCUUGAUAUGGAUACCAUUUGCCAUGAAACGUUUCCUAUUGAGAAAAUCGAAAUUGAUGAUAUAACUCAUAAUUGCCUCUUCGAGGGGACGUUGCCGACUGGGGUCACCAACGAUAUUAUGGUUUCGUCUCCCAAACACCCCGCAUUUGAAAGAGCAAUCAACCUCCUCCCUGUUUCCUACAGCCUCACUUGGUGGUGGGCUAAAUUGCAGCCAUAUGCUGCCAUCAUGUCAUCGACGGGUCCUCUAUUUAUCUCUCUGGCUGUUGCAGACUAUCUGUACGAGCAGCCUUCAUUGCCUUCGCCAACAGUUCAAGUUAUUGCCCCUACUAGUCUCAAGCCAUACAUUUCCGACUUACAGACAGCAACCUGGCAUGGCUGGGAUGCUCACGCUCUGAAAUGGCUUUCUAACAAGCCAUUCGUCUGGUUUUGUUUAGUACAGAUCCGAGCAGCUAGCAUGUUUAGCUUCAGUCGCUUGCCAAGAUGGAAACCAAUAGCAAUCUACCUAACCAUGCCCGUCAUCCCGGUUAACGCGAUCCUCACUGCUACGCUCUUCAUGUCGCUUUUCGUCCUAGACAGACACGAUGAGUCUACCGCCGGAGAGAGAACAGCUGGUAAUCCGCUGUGCCAGAAUGUUUUGUACAAAAACAACUUCGACACAGCCUAA